AACUUUGUUUGCAGCACUUGCCACAUUUACGGCAUUUGUAGCAGAGCUCUCCAUUUUUCAAUAUUUUUCAGCUUCGAAACCACUAAUUCGAACUGUUGAGCUCCAUUUUCAAGUGUGACUUUCAUUCAUUAGGUUCGGAGCAAUUUGCUGCGUAUCAGCUCCGUAUAUAUCACUUUUUUUUAUUAGGUUUGGAGCAAUUUGAUUUGUGAGAGACAAAUAGUGCUGAUCAGCUCCAUUUUCAAGGUUCUGAGCAAUUUUCUGCGUAUCAGCUCCAUUUCGAAGGUUUGGAGCAAUUUGAUUUGUGAAGGACAAACAGUGCUGAUAAGUUCCAUUUUCAACGUACUUUUCAAGUUUAUCCGUAUAUAUUCUUCGUUUUUUUAAAAAAAUUAUCUCCGGAAGUAUAUUUGAUUCGUGAGAGACGAACAGUAUCACUUUGUUCAUUAGGUCAGUGCUGAUCAGCUCCAUUUUCAAGUGUAGGGCAAUUUGAUUCGUGUGAGAGGAGAACAGUGCUGAUCAGCUCCAUAUUGAAGGACUUGUGACUACGUUACCAUCUUAUGGAACAAAUGUUAGUUCAAAAUGCUGUCAAAAAGGUACAAUUGCUUCCAGCUGUAAAUGAUGAACAUGGAGGAGUUAUAAUAGAACUAGAGAAGCCUAUGGACCCAAAUGUCUUCCAUAACAUGCUUAGAAGUUCAUUACGUCAAUGGAAGCUGCAGGGGAAAAAGGGUGUGUGGAUUACACUGCCGAUUGAACUUGUAAAUCUGGUUGAAACUGCCGUUAAGGAAGGGUUCUGGUACCACCAUGCAGAACCUCAUUACCUGAUGCUUGUGUAUUGGAUUCCUAAAACUGAGAAUACGAUCCCUGAAAAUGCGUCACAUCGAGUGGGUAUUGGUGCUAUUGUCUUGAAUGAGAAAAGAGAGUUGCUUGUUGUGCAAGAAAGUAGCGGCAAAAUGAAGGGAACAGGGAUAUGGAAGAUCCCUACUGGUGUAGUCGAAGAGAUUGAUACAGAAUUUCUGGAAGUGCUUGCAUUCAGUCAGAUGCACAAGUCAUUUUUUGGAAAGUCGGACUUAUUCUUCAUUUGCAUGAUGCGCCCUCUUAUGUUUAACCUACAAAAGCAAGAUUUAGAAAUCGAGGCAGCUCAGUGGAUGUCACUAGAAGAGUAUGCUGCUCAGCCAUUUGUUCUGAAACAUGGCAUUAUGAGAUACAUCAAAGAUCUAUGCUUUGCGAAGGCAGGAGGGAGUUACCCGGGGUUUACUCCUGUGCCAAUUAAAUCAUGUUUUGGUGAUCCUAUGAGUUACCUUUAUUUCAAUGGGGAUGGUCUGGUCCAGGAAACCUCUGCAAUUCAUCUAUGAAGAAACAGAGUGGAUCUAUCAAAUUUGCCAGAUUUGACGGUUUGUCUCGUUUUUAUCUACACCGCUCCAUUCAGGUCCAUUUAAUUCUAAUACUAGGAGUUUUCUAAAACUUAAGUUGAUAAGUACUUGCACAAGUUCUCCAUAAUUAUUUUCAUCUAAUUUGAUUAUUGAUGCUUAAUUAUUGAAGUGUUAUGGAUUAGUUGUAUACAAAUAAUUAUAUGUAUUUUCCAAGGCUUAUAUGCCACAU